AUGGGUGAAACAAAUGUCCUGGAGCGCAUAUUCUACGGACUCGAGAAACCAACGGAUCUGGCAUUAGCACUUCUACAGGAGAUCACUGAAAACUUCUCUGAAAAUAGAAAAAUUGGCAAGGGCGGAUUCGGGGAGGUUUACAAGGGCAUGCUCCAAAAUUGUAUUGUUGUCGUGAAGAGGAUAAUUGUGAGUGAACACACAGUGGAUGACAGGUUUUUUGAUUGCGAGGUUAAAAACUUGAUGAAAGUUAGCCAUCUGAAUGUAGUCCGCUUUCUUGGCUUCUGUUCAAAUACACACCGCGAAGCAAUACAAUUUCCAGGAUCAGCAGAUUUCGUUUUCGUCCAGAAAAGAGAAAGGUUACUAUGUUUCGAGUAUAUCAACAAUGGAAGCCUUGAUAAACAUAUUACCGAUGAAUUGAGAGGGCUUGAAUGGAGUGUACGGUAUGAAAUAAUCAAGGGGAUUUUACAUGGUUUGCGUUACCUUCAUAUGGAGAUUAACAUUAUCCAUAUGGACCUCAAACCUAGUAAUAUAAUGCUAGACAAUGAUAUGGUGCCAAAGAUAACUGAUUUUGGUCUAUCAAGACUUGCUAAGAUCACACAUACCAGUGGUACCCGUUUUAUAACACAUGGAUACUGUGCUCCAGAAUACGAGAACUGUGGGAAGAUGUCAAAAAAGGUUGACAUGUAUAGCUUGGGAGUUAUAAUCAUUGAACUCGUAACAGGACGUAAGGGUGAUCCAAAUAAGACUAAUGUGCUUCGAAGGUGGAGACACAGGUGGAACAAUUCACCAAUGCAUUCACUACGUUCACAAUGCCAGCAAGUAACUAGAUGCUUGGAUAUAGGGGCACGCUGCAGGAAAAAAGAACCAGAAGAUAGACCUUCUAUAUCAGCUAUAAUCGAUAUUCUCAGCAACAGUGAAAGCAUGGAUGAGCACAUAGAUCAGAUCAGCCUUUGCAUGGAUGAUGACAUGCUUGGAAUCAACCCGCUCGAACUAAGGUUUCCUUUCGAGCUUCAAAAGCAGAUGUCAUCCAUGGUAAUGCCAAUCAACAAGACAAAGAAUUACUAUGCUUUCAAUAUCGAAACGCCAGGCAAGCAGUACCGUACAGAACCAAACAAAGGCAUUCUGUCACCACAAUCCGAGGAUACUAUCCAGAUAGCACUGGAAAUACAAGAGACUACACCGCACGAUCUGCCGUACUCCGACAAUUUUAUAGUGCAAAGCACAAAAGUCAAUGGGGAUUUUAGGGCCGAGGAUAUCACCAAAUACAUGUUCCAAAAAGAGCCAGUUGAAGUGGAUGAGGUAAAUUUGACGGUUGUAGUAUAUGAGAAUGAGGGACCUAAGGAAGAUCUCAAGAUUCGUGAAGAUACCAAGAAGAAACAAAAAUCGAUGAUUGAAUCUGCUUUGAGCACGGACAAACCUGGCGUUAACACAACUCACGAAGCAGAGGCCAUUCACAUGGAGAUAAAUUCUAUCAGCUACAAAUAUGCACGAGGACAAUGUAUCAAGCAACCAGAGCGUCUUAGUUUCCUCACAACUCCUAGACUUUUGUGUAAUCAGCAGACCAACAUGAGCGACAGAGCCGUGGAUCUUGUAACUGGGGCCAUGGGCAGCCUACACCAUAAGCUUGACGAUCUCCUCAAGGAAGAGUACAAUCUAGAGAAAAGCAUGAAGGAAGAAAUAGAUUUUCUAUCAGAAGAGCUGAGGGAUAUGCAGCUAGCCAUCCGGAAGGUGUCGGGGGUACAUCGGCACAACCUUGACGAUGAUGUCAUGCACUGGGUUGACACUGUCAGGGAGAUGUCAUAUGACAUUGAGGAUGUUGUUGAUGGUUUCCUGGUACACGAUGAGCCUCCAUCUAACACAAGCUUCUUCAGGGGGCUCAUUGAGAACAUGUUCAACCACUUCAAGUGGGGCAAGACUCACAAUCCAAUUGAAGAUGCUGUCAAAGAUAUCAAGAAACAAGUUGAGGUUGUGGCUGAAAGACGUAAAAGGUGGAAGGUUGAUGAAACAAUGGCUAAUGUAGCUUCCAAAAUUACCAUCGACCCUCGCAUUUCGGCUAUAUACAAAGAUCAGAAAGAACUUGUUGGCAUCAAAGAGCCAAGUAAUGUGCUAAUCCAGUGGCUUUCUGAUAAGGAUGGGGCUAUGGACGUGUCAAAACAGCAACUCAAGAUAGUCUCUAUCGUUGGAUUUGCAGGAUUGGGCAAGACAACACUUGCCAAGGCGGUGUAUAACCAGCUUCAAUCCCAGUUUGGUCCUAAGGCUUUUGUUCCAGUGGGUCGUAAUCCUAAUUUGAAAAAUGUUUUUGAGGCAAUUCUCCAUGGACUUAGCAAAGAAUCGAAUGCAGAAAACUUAAACGAAAUGCAGCUCAUCAACAAAAUCCGAGGAUUGCUCAAGAACAUGAGGUAUGCCCCAUCAACCCUUGACAAAAUCCGAGGAUUGUUUAAAUUACAGUACUUAAUUAAUUAA